AUGCCUCCUCUCUUUGCAGCCUCAUUCACAGCCGAUGGCGAUUCAACGGGGCCUGUACGGUGUGCGCGUGGCAAGGCCUGCCGUGGUUCACCUGGUACGGCUGGUGUCUAUCCAGCUGGGACGCAACUUCAAGAAAUGGGCGUUGGCGAUACGAACAAGGUCACGAUGAUCUGUGCUGGUUGUUGCGACUAUUACUUGGGGAAGCCAACGACAAGGCGUAUUGAGUAUCAAGCAGAGAAGCAGACCGCUCAAGGCCCAGUUCGUCGUGUUGCAGGUCGUGUUCCCAAGGGCGAUGCUCAGAUUCAUCGAAACAUUGCCGCUGCUCAACGCCAUGAGAAGGUCGAAGUGCGAGCAAUUGGUAAUCUUGCGGGCUCACAGUCAGGCCCCCGCGUUGCCUAUUCUAAUGGAAGCUAUACACCGAGCCAUAGCAGUUACGAGGCAACAAGAAAUUAUAAUCGCAACCGUGCAAUGGCUGUCCAUACGACCAUUACUGGCUCAAUUACUGUUCGUCUUGUCUCUCUGCCACCCCGAGCAAAGACUCUGCAGACCUUUGAUACGUGCCAGGUCUCUGUCGGUGAUGUCUUUGUUGGCAUUGGUGCGGUCGAUCUUCUUUAUACCGCAUUUAACGCCAUCAAGCCGGCAUACCAAGUUGCGAUGGAAAACCGGGGCUACGAGAAUGUCGCUCUAUACCCCCUGACUAUCGACGACGUUCAGAUGGUGAACAAGAACGGUGUCCCAUUCAACAUGUCCUUGCAACAAGACAUUAUCCGUCAGCACUUCUAUCGUCCUGCAAAGGAUGGCAUCACUCUUGUCUUCAACAACUCGGCCAAACCAGCUGUUGUCCAGCUACAACUCACACCGAAAUGGUGUGCAGGGCUGCGUCGGUGGGAGAAUGAUAUUGAGGAGGAGGAAAUGCGGUUGGAGGAGGGAAAAGAUGUCGGGGUAAAGAGGAAGAGUGUGGCCAGUACAUCCAAAGCGCGUAAGCGCGUGGAAGUGAGAAGUAGAGAGGGGGACAUCAACUCCAUUGCCGAAUCAUCUCGCGGUGAAGGAUCAUCUCGUGGCCAAGGUCCCGUUUCUCUUUUGCGUACAGCUACUAUGGGUCUGCCAAGUCUGUCUGACAACAGGAACUCCGUGGCAGAGUCCUCUCCCUACGGAGCUCAGUCACGGCUUGUGCAGUCGGCGCCAAGCAUAGCUGUUAUUCGGUCAUCGGAUGUAGCAGCACCCCGCUCAGUGCCAAGUGUAAUGGGGGAGUCCGCACUAGUUACACCCAGUGAGCUUGCACGAGCCCUUUCAAUGGCAAAGAAGCACCAACCCGAGGAAGCCCGAGCUUUUGUCCAAGUCCGAACAUUCACGGUCACUCUCUACAAAAUCAAGCUCAUCGCACUUGGUCCUCUGAUUCGGCUGAUGCUUGCCCGUACCCGCUUCGACAUGUAUGACACACCACACAUUUUCCACUUGACUGUCGACAGUAGCAUAUCCUCUGCUGGUGGCUUCAAGACGGCAUAUUUCGGGACAAUUCAGCCAUCGCCUUUCGCCUCAAAGCAACAUGCUAUCUGUGCCAAACAGGCGCACAAGGAAGAAGGCAAUAUUCUUCCGUCACAGCGACAGCUUGAGCUGCUGCCUGAUGAGCUAAUGACGCUGCAGUGGGCAAAUGCGCUCAUGAGCUCAACCUAUGAGCUUAUUGCAGCAGUCAAGGAACGGAAGCUUCUGGAGAAACCUACAUGGAAGCCAAAGAUAAAGGUUCCCGAUUUGUGCUUCACGGAGGCUGGCUUGGCUAUCGAGCAGGGACAAUCAAAUCGAGCGAAGGUCUAUAUGAUCGAGGAGCAUAUUCAAGGCGAAUUCCGAAAGUAUCUCCACAACGGCUCAGCUAAACUUACCGGGACAUCAAAAGGUGAUCCUGUUGCAUUAUUUCUCUCUUUCAGCCAGCAUGCACAGUACAUCAACUCAAAUGGACUAGCAUUUGUGAGUGACUACCAAGGCGGGCCACUUCACAGUGGCUCUGACACAGUUCUUUUGACUGACCCACAACUUCUCACCCAUCCUGAUCUUGGUGCCAUCUUUGCAGGUGGAAAUGUGACGGCUUCAUUUCUCCGAUUCCCUCAGGAACAUGUCUGCAAUUCCUUUUGUCUUGACUUUGAACUUACUCCACUUGCUGAAUUUGUACCCAUUCCUACUUCAGCUUAG